AUGGCCCUUCGUCCUUCCACUGGUCCACAGCGUGUCCCCCUACCGUCUCCUCCUGCGUCUUCUCUUCCUGAGGUUCCCGACCCUGAGUCUGACAGUGUUCGUGCUGCCCACCCUACUGUUACGCGUCUUCUCGCCACUGUUGUCACUGACCCGUCGUUUGAGUCUUCUGCUGCGUCUGCCCUGGUCGCUGAGCUUGUCGACUUUGCUGCUGCCUGUCGUCUAGACUACGCCGCCAGUCUUGUUGCUGGGUCUGAGUCUGUCUGUCCUCCGUCCGUCGGGGGUGAGUGUGCUCUUGGCACGGACGUCCUUGAGGACAGGCAGGAGGACUUUGACUCUCUUGCGGCUGCUGUACCUCAUCUCGUGGCCUGGCUGCUUGCUCCUGAGGGAGACCCGGAUGCACUAGACAUCCCCACUCCGCGCACUUACGCAGAGGCGAUCUCGGGUCCCUACUCCUCUCAGUGGCAGACAGCCAUGGACGCAGAGAUGGCAUCCUGGAAAUCCACAGGCACCUACGUCGACGAGGUUCCCCCUCCUGGGGCGAACAUCGUCGAUGGCAUGUGGAUUUUCAGGGUGAAGCGGCCGCCAGGUUCUCCUCCUGUCUUCAAGGCUCGUUACGUUGCUAGAGGCUUCAGUCAGCGUCAGGGGGUUGACUUCUUUCAGACCUUCUCCCCCACCCCGAAGAUGACCACUCUUCGGGUUCUGCUGCACGUUGCUGCUCAGCGUGACUACGAGCUUCACUCUCUUGACUUCAGCACAACGUUCUUGCAGGGCAGCCUGCACGAGGAGAUCUGGCUGCGCCGCCCACCUGGCUUUACUGGGUCGUUUCCUCCUGGUACCCAGUGGAGCCUCCGACGGCCAGUCUACGGUCUCCGCCAGGCGCCACGCGAGUGGCACGACACACUGAGGACGACACUUGCGGCCCUUGGGUUUGCUCCUUCCACUGCUGACCCGUCACUGUUCCUGCGCACAGACACGUCGCUGCCGCCGUUCUACAUCCUCGUGUACGUCGACGACUUGGUCUUUGCUACUGCUGACACUGAGGCACUCGCUCGUGUGAAGUCGGAGCUGCAGAAGAGACACACGUGCACUGACCUGGGAGAGCUGCGUAGCUACCUUGGCUUGCAGAUCACCCGGGACAGAGCACGCCGCACCAUUACCCUGACUCAGUCACACAUGGUGCAGCAGGUCCUUCAGCGCUUCGGCUUCCAGUUCUCCUCACCACAGGCCACACCUCUGGCUACCAGCCACUCGCUCUCAGCUCCACCUUCGGACGAGUCCGUAGAGCCGAGUGGCCCGUACCCAGAGCUUGUAGGCUGCCUCAUGUACCUGAUGACUUGCACGCGACCUGACCUCGCGUACCCUCUUAGCAUCCUUGCUCGUUACGUUGCGCCUGGGAGACACAGGCGAGAGCACUGGGAGGCUGCUAAGAGGGUGCUGCGUUACUUGUGCAGCACAUCAGGCAUGGGGCUGGUGCUUGGAGGACGCGACAGAGUUGUCCUCACUGGUCACUCGGACGCUUCUUGGGUGGACGACCUGGCUACGCAGCGGUCGUCACAGGGUUACACCUUCAGCCUUGGCUCUGGUUCUGUCUCGUGGCGGUCCACCCGCUCUUCUUCUGUUCUCGGCUCUAGUUGUGAGGCUGAGAUCUACGCCACGGCCAUGGCUGCACAGGAGUUACGCUGGCUCACCUACCUGCUGACUGACUUGGGAGAGCGGCCUAGUUCUCCUCCAGUUCUGUACGGCGACAACAAGGCGGCCCUUGCCUUGUGUCAGGAGCACAGACUGGAGCACAGGACGAAGCACAUUGCUCUUCGCUACUUUCUUGCUCGAGAGCUGCAGCAGCGAGGUCAGCUUCGGCUUGUGUACGUGGACUCGAAGGCCAACACUGCUGAUAUCUUCACCAAGGCGCUCCCGCCUAGUGAUCAUCAGCGGCACUGUACUUCCUUAGGCCUUGUGUCCACAUUCCCUCAUUUGCUUACUGCUUGA